GUGGUUUCCGUCCUGGCAUCGUUCCUGAGGCUGGCGGUGGUGAGCCAGCAAGAAGCUACAGUCAGUCUGUACGCCGAGGGAGCCAUGUUGAUGCCUGUUUUUGUGUCAAAUGGUACACUUUGGAUGGUUAAAGGAUUACCUCUGAAAGACGGGAAGCCCGAGCGGUGAUUUCCUAACCGCGAUGAGAAGAGAGGAGAUGACGGGGAUGGUGCAGAGCCUUAUUGAGGAGAGCUGGUUUUAGGUCACUGGGCAGCUGAUUCAAAGCAAAUGAAGUUGAUGCUAGUUAGCUUGGUAGCCAGGUAGCAACAGCUGUGCGGACGCUGCGUGGGAUGGGGCUUUUGGACCCUUGCGAUAUAGUUUCUCAGCUUGUUGCAUUUUUGCUGAGCGGACGCUAACCAGACAGUGGGGACACUCAUUGAAGCGACGACGAGACUGUUAGAUUAGCUCCGACUCUGUAAAAGAUGUCUUUGUAAAGCUAGCUAACGUUAGCAUGCUGACGACCAGUCCGCAUCUUUCGUCACGACUGUUUGUUAGCUGAUGGGGUUUUAACUCAUUGUUUCUCUAGGGCAGUUUGCCGCUAGUUUGAGGGUAAAACCGCUUUAAUAAGCCAAACAGAAUUAUGGUGGUGAAUUCAGUCUCCGGGCAAAACUACCUGUUCGCCUUCCCAGCCUGCAGAUGAGCAGCUAACGGGCUUAGCAGCAGAACUUUGCUCCAGCGGGCGUCUCUCACAAGCUGCAGAGACCCUCUUUUGCUCGUUAGCCGAGCCUUUACCUGAAGCAAGCUGGCGGCCCUCCAGGUAGAAGCCGAGGACAAGGAGCUGGGGCCCAUGGCCUGGGUGCUGAAGAUGGACGAUGCCACCAUCGAGUCGGGGCUGGUGCAUGACUUCGAUGCUAGCCUGUCUGGCAUCGGGCAGGAGCUCGGGGCUGGAGCUUACAGCAUGAGCGAUGUGCUGGCUCUGCCCAUCUUUAAGCAGGAGGACUCCAACCUUCCACCUGACAGCAAGACCAAAAAUCCCCCAUUCCAGUAUGUUCUGUGUACCGCCACCUCGCCUGCUGUCAAGCUGCACGACGAGACGCUUACAUACCUAAACCAAGGCCAGUCUUAUGAGAUCCGUAUGUUGGAUAACAGGAAAACAGGAGAGUUGCCAGAGCUCAACAACAAGAUGGUGAAGAGCACAGUACGGGUAGUGUUUCACGACCGGCGGCUGCAGUACACAGAACACCAGCAGCUGGAGGGCUGGAAGUGGAAUCGUCCUGGGGACCGUCUCCUUGACAUCGAUAUUCCCAUGUCAGUGGGCAUUGUUGAGCCCAAGACUCACCCCUCCCAGCUCAAUGCUGCAGAGUUUCUGUGGGACAUGAACAAAAGAACUUCUGUGUUCGUGCAGGUGCACUGCAUCAGCACGGAGUUCACUCCCAGGAAGCAUGGCGGAGAGAAGGGCGUCCCCUUCAGGAUCCAGAUCGACACCUUCACCCAGGGAGAAGGUGGAGAGUACACAGAGCACCUCCACUCUGCUUCCUGUCAAAUUAAAGUCUUUAAGCCAAAGGGGGCAGACCGUAAGCAGAAGACUGACAGGGAGAAGAUGGAGAAGCGUAGCCCUCAGGAGAAGGAGAAGUACCAACCUUCCUAUGAUACCACUAUCCUAUCAGAGACGAGGCUUGAGCCCAUCAUAGAAGAUGCAGGCGACCAUGAGCUGAAAAAGUCCAGCAAGCGGACACUUCCCGCUGAUUGUGGCGACUCCUUGGCCAAGAGAGGCAGUUGCUCCCCAUGGCCAGACGCCGCCUACACCAGCACCAACCAGGCAGCUUCUCCCUCCUUCACCUCCACCCCACUGUCCACCUACACAACCUCCUCAGUGCUGGACAGUGACUCAUCUUCCCCCAAUCACCAGGCGGAUACUGGUGGCCAUAGCAACUCAGAGUUGAGCCCCACUGCCUCCAUACAGGACACCCAGAAGUGGCUGUUAAAGAACCGCUUCAGCUCCUACGCUAGACUCUUCUCUCAUUUCUCAGGUUCUGAUUUAUUGAAGUUAACCCGGGACGACCUGGUCCAGAUUUGUGGGCCAGCAGAUGGGAUCAGACUCUACAAUGCACUUAAAUCCAGGUCAAUGCGUCCCAGAUUGACGGUGUACGUCUGUCAGGAGUCUCCUCAGGGGAGCCCCCUGCUGGAGAGACACUGCACAAUUGAAAAUGGAGAACCCCGGAGCUCUGCUACUUUACAUGUAUACCAUGCUCUGUACUUAGAGGAGCUCACAGCUGCAGAACUCAUCCGCAAGAUUGCAUCUGUGUGCAUCAUUCCGUUGGGAAGGAUCCACCAGGUGUACAGGCAGGGUCCAACAGGCAUACACAUCCUGCUAAGCGACCAGAUGGUUUACAACUUGUCUGACGAGAGCUGUUUUUUGAUCAGCACUGUCAAAGAUGAGUUGGGCGAAGGACUCCAUCUUAUCUUGAAGUAGCGAGCAGCACAGAUGGCGUCACUAAUACUCCACCCUCUGCUUUGGAGCAGAAGCCUCCUUCUGUCGCUCUGCAUCCUCCCCGUCUCUCUUUAACAAUCGCUCGAUGGAAAGCAGAGUGACUACGCUGAAGCCAUGUAAAUGUUAGAAUCUGACAUGGGUGUGUCCACUGUUUCAUAUUGAAAACAUUAUUAAGAUGAAGGAGAUUGGUUAAAAGAAGAGAUUGGGGAAGAUUUCAGAUCAGGGGGUAGUUGAUAUUGUUCUAUGUAUUUCAAUCCGAUUUUAAUUUUGUCUUUUUAUAUGGUUUCUGUGUGGAGUCGGGAGGGUGGAGGCUCCAAGGGAGAGGGGUGGGUGGUGCUUUGUCAUGCAAGAGAUGGGAAGAAGAAAAAAAAAAGUCACCUUAUUGCUUGUUGCCCUUCCUAAACAACCAGCGUUAGGCCAGUAUUUGAUGAAACUGUACUGCUGAACAGCAUGCAAUCCAUACCAAGUUGCUUGAACGAGUAACUCGGCUUACUCUGCUUACUAAACAUUCUUCGACGGGGAUGUCUUAAUUAACUUUUCUCUAAUUGGCUGAGCGUGCUAACUCAGAAGAUUCAGGGUAAAUGAGUGAAAGUGCUCUCAUUUUUGGCUUCUUUUUUUGUUUUGCUGAGAUGAAACGAAAUGAAUUUAUCAGCUCAUCAUAUAGCCUCACUAUGUGAUUAAACCUUACAGCCAUAUCUCAGUCAACAUAGCGUCUCACUCAGCUCAGCUAACGUGCGUCUAGUAUGGCCUGUGCUUUUACCAUUUUUAGUUGAUGCUUUAUUUAUGAGUCAGCUCUUUCUGUUGCUCUGAUUGAAUUUGCUCUCUUUCUGGUGCCAUAACGGCUCAUUAGCUUGGCUUAUUAUUCAGAUGUAUACACAGAGUACAUACACAUCAUUAUUUGACUCCUAUGCUUUACCAAAACACUGGUUUACGGGAUUAUGGUGAGAGGACUUUGGAAAUCGGUAGAUAAAACCCCUUGAUGAUGCUGUCCAGUGGAGUAUUAGUGCCUAUUAAAAAAAAAACAAUACAUACUUUAUAGUGGACCAAACAGACGAUUGACUGAUGGAAAUAAACCUUGGUGGAUCUUGAAUUUGUGCUAAUUUGAAGCACUAAAACUGGUUUAGAAGUGGGGAGGGGGAGGUAAAAAACGGCAAACCCUUUUUACUGUAAGCAUUAUGCAGCAGGUGAGGCAUACAGUCACAUCUCAGAUUAGAAAUCAUUGGAAAAAGUAUUUCAAGUAAUUUUAACUGAAAAAGUGAAGCUCGUUUGGUUAAUUGCACACGGUGGUUUUGUUUAAAAUGUGUUUUUCUUCAUUUUGAUGAUUAUGGAUUAAUGUUGAUGAAAACCAAACGUUUUAGAGAACUGGAAUAUUACAUGAGACCAAUAAAGUUUUGUAGUUCAGAAAUAUUGAGGCCUAUACAAUCAGGUGAAAGAGGUGCUAGCUUGACGGUUAUUAAGCAGAAAGUCAUUGACACCCUCCACAAGGAGGGUAAGCCACAAACGUUCAUUGCUCAAAAGCUGACUGUUCAAAGGGCUUUAUCCAAAAAUAUUAAUGGAAAGUUUAGUGAUGGAAAAAAGGGGAGGCAAUGAGGGCAGGUAAGUAUGCCCCAAUUCGUCAGACUUCAGAAACUUCCCAAUGAACCUUAAGCAACUUAGUUUCUGUGCUUCUCUAAUCUUCCUUAAAGCAAAAUGUAUUUUAAAAUGAAAAGGGGACUUUGAACCACUAAGCAAAACUCUAGUCCUCUUCCUCCUCUGUCUGGGGAAGAAGCUUCUGCCAUUGUUUCUGGCUCAAGAGUGGCCUAACACAAGGAAUAGGACACCUGUGCCUCAUAUCCUGGCUAUAUCAGUGUGUGGUGACACACACAGAUGUGUACUAAGCAGUGAGUCUAGCUGCAGUCCACACCUUAAGAAUCUCAAAACUUUCAAAAGAGCUUUUCUUCACAAUCCUCAAGAUUGUGGUCAUCAGUACUGCUUGUGCAUCUUUGUAUAGAUUUUUUCUUUCCACCCACCUUUCCUUUAAUAUGCUUGAUACAAAUCUUUGUAAACAGCCAGCUUCCAAUAACAUGGUUGUGUGGACCAUAAAAUGCCCAUUACACUUCUGUAUUAAAAACCUUUUUUACAUUGGUCUUGUGUUGUAUUCUAAAUUUAAGAGUUUGAAUCUCAUGGUUUCACUAGCUGUAAGCCUUGUCAAAAUGAACAGAAAUAAAUGCAUAAGAUGUCUCUCUGUUUAAUGAAUCUGAGUUUCACUUUUUCAGUUGAAUUACUGGCUUAAAUUACGAUCUCCAAGAUAUUCUUAAUAGUUUAGAUGCUCCUGUGUGCUCCAGGCCUCUGGUAAGAUACCAAAAUGCCACAUCAUUCUCCAAAACCUGGUGGUGUAGUCUAGCAGAUACAGAUACAGGUCAUGUGUUCUGAGUGGCCUUAUCAAAAAGCAAAAGAAAACCUCAAGACUCAGUUGAUCCAUUUUGGCAUUUUUGGAGAGAUUUACAUGUCAAGGUGUGGGAGUGUGUGCGCGCGCAUGUGUAUAAUUUUGUUAUGUCAGAAAUUGUUUUUCUGUUAGUGUAAGAAGUUGUGUUUAGCUUGCUACUUAGUGAAGAGCAUGUGGAUAUUUGGGGGCCAGAUAAAUUUGUCAGUGAGUGUAUCCCACCUUCCCUCCUCUAUUAUUUUUCCAUACAUUAGAGACCAAGCCUGCACUGAAGAAAUUCACAAACUUCUAGUUCGAUGUGUGGUCAGUAGUCCUACACCCCAGUCAAUCACCACCCCCCCCCCCCCCCCCCCCCCAAUCCUUUUCUUACUAGAUCAGAAGGAGAUCGACAAAUAAAACUCAAGGCUAUGAAAGCAGCUGUUUGUGUCUAAACAUGCACCAGAGCCAGGACUGUAGCUCUUGAGGCGUUUGCACAGACAUGAGUGCAACAGCAGAGGAGCCUGUGUUCAUCGGCUCUAACAUUUAUGAAAAUAAAAUGGAUGUAAAAAGAAUAGUUUUAGUCUGCUGAAGGCCUGGCCGACCAUCUGCCCAUCUGUGUGAGCACGAGCCGGAAAGAGGUGACCACUGUUACCCUGAUGCUUCUCAUGUGCACAGUAUCAUAUGCUGGAGAUGUACACGACCACAUGUGCUGGGAAUAAAUAAUUUCAUAACUUU